AUGAGCCGUCCCGGUGCAUGGAGCCGUGUGGCUUCCAACCUGUGGAAGUAUGUAAAAGGCGAUUUUUCGAAAAAGAAUUAUGUCGCCGAAGAUUCGUCAGGAAAUCGUUUCUACGAAAUCGCCAACAGUCGACAGAAUGUUUCGAGAGGAUUUGAUCCACCGACAUCAGGAGCUCACAUCGAACCUGACUUGGAAUGGCAAGCGUGGUUAAGAGGAACAAGAAGAAACGUCGAUGUCAUGUACUGGAAUCUCUACUUUGACAGAUUCCCACCGUCCGACACAGAAAUCGCGAUUAACAGGAUGAAGCAGCAGGCCCAACUUGCCCAGGAUUCGAACACUGAAAAAAGAGCGCCACACGUUCAAUCCGAAGGGAAAGGGGCUGGAGAUCACCAACCACAAAAAUUCCCCAAGUACAAGGACCUGGAAGUGACUCCUGGAUAUCAAGAAAAGGAGAAAAAAUAA